GUGGGCAAAGUCAAGAUGCACGCUCAUAAGGUCAUCCUCUGUGGCUGCAGCUCGUACUUUCGUGUUCUCCUUACCAAACCCUUGGCGACCACCAAAAAGCAGAAGAUCUUCAUCCCUGGGGUGUCGCUUGAGAUGAUGCGCCUCAUCAUCGACUAUGCCUACACCAACUCUACUCUCGUGACAGAGGAUAACGUGGAGGAGCUUUUGGCAGCUGCAGACCAGCUCUUUGUGACGGGGUUGUUUCAGAGCUGCUGGUUCUUCCUGGAGGACCAGCUGUGCCCGGGGAACUGCAUCGGCAUCUGGAGGCUGAUGAGUUUCUAUUACAUGCCGGAAGAUAGGAAAAAAGUAUUCCACUACAUCCUGCACAGCUUUAAGGAGAUAGUAUCUGUCUCCGAGGAGCUUGUGGAUCUCUCUAUGCAGCAGCUGACCACCAUCAUUGAAAGCGACCACCUCAAUGUGAGCGAGGAGAGCACAGUGUUUGAGGCUAUCCUCAGCUGGAUCAACCACCAGCCAGACCAGAGAAGUGGUCACAUCUUUGAGCUGCUGUCUAAGGUGCGGCUAGGCUUGAUGAACUUUCAUUACCUCCAAAAUGUGAUGGAAAAUGAUGUGGUGAAGAAGAGCAGCAAAUGUUUCCCCAUGCUGGAUGAGGCACUGAAAGUGUCUCUGGAUUAUACUCGACACUCAACAUCCAUCUACAAAAGCCCUCUGAGCCGUCCCCGCCUGCCCUCUACCAUCUUACUGGUCACCGGAGGCGAAGAAGACGGUGUUCACGCCACCGAACUCGAGGCGUACGAUGCCCGCGCUGACUGCUGGACCACUAUCAGCGAUGGUCAGAUUCGUCGUGCUUACCACGGUGCUGCAUUCCUCAACAACUUUGUGUACUUAAUCGGAGGCAUCUACAAUCAUGUUUACCUGAAUAAUGUGAAAAAGUUUGACAUUGUGACUCGCACGUGGCACCAGGUGGCCCCCAUGAACUACUGCCGUGGCUAUGUCUGUGUUGUUGAGCAGAACGAGUGCAUUUACGCUAUUGGAGGCUACAAUGGAGUGACUUGCUUUAACAGUGUUGAGUGCUACAGGCCUGAGACUGACCGCUGGACCAUGGUGGCACAGAUGAACUCAAGGAGGGGUGGGGCCGGCGCCACGACUCUAAAUGGCAAGGUAUAUGUUUGUGGGGGUAACAACGGGAAUCGCGAUGUCUCCACGGCUGAAUGCUACGACCCAGAUAUCAACCAGUGGACCAAGAUCUCUUCCAUGAAGAUCAGCCGCAGCGGCCUGGGGGUCGCUGCCUACAGAAACCGCAUCUAUGCAGUUGGUGGAACCACGAACAUGGAACACUCUCUGCUCACUGUUGAGGCCUACAACCCUGAAACCAACAAAUGGAGCUGCACACCUUCCAUGCGCAGACCUUGCAGCUACUUUGACAUUGAGGUGGUGGACGACCAGCUAUUUUUGGUGGGAGGAUACAAUGGCUCCUCCACUGUGUCGGAUGUGAACUGCUACGAUGACGAAGCGGGUAUGUGGUAUGACUUCUCCCUCAUUAAGAAGCCUCGCAGUGGCCUGAGCUGCUGUGUACUGCAGGGACUCAACAGUAUGGCGGAGGACUUGUUCCCUCGUGGUGCUCUGAUGCUUCCCAAUGUGGAGGACACUCCAGGGGCAUCUAUCUGA